CAUGUUCAUUUUCUCAGAUACUUUAUGGUAUAUAGCUCUGUUUUUAUGGCCUAGCUUGGAAAAACUGAUACGUAUAAGCUCCUAUAUGGGAUAGCAAUGAGCACAUUUUCAACAGCCAACCCAAAUCUGUUAACUGAUGGUUUUGUAUAUACUUGCAAAUCGUGCAGUUCUAAAGGGACAUCAUGGAUUGUCUGCAGUGUUCCAGUGUACAGAGAACGGUCGAAUUGUCCAGGCAUACUCAGGACUCUCCCCAAUACCUGACGGGAUCCACCUGCUGACUGAAGUGCUGUCCCACGAUUGGCUGUUUCCGAAGUGUCUCGCAGUCUUGCAUCAUGGUGGAACGGGAACAGUGGCUGCCGCCCUUACCUCCGGAAACCCCAGAUCAUUAGCCCCGUCAUGUUCGAUCAGAACAUGUGGGCAGAGCAUCUUGAUUGGAUGGGUGUGGCUUACCAAGUUUCAUCUCCGGGGAAGAUGACAGCUGAGAGAUUAUCGCAAGCACUGGAGUUUGUGAAAAAUGGAACCGUUCAAAAGAGGGUUUUUGAGCUAAGGAAAGAUGUGGCAAAUGAGAAUGGGUUGAAAACGACUGUCGAUGUCAUAAUGAGAACGUUGAACAGAAAAUAGAUAACGAAAAUGAUCAUGUUUGUGCUAAAUCUGGAAGAGGUUUUGCUUUUGCAUCUGUGGGCAUGUUUUACGUGCCUCUCGGGCGCAAAUUUGCGGCCGCAUUUCUUGCAAGGCACGAGAUCCUUCUCCCACUCCUGGUAGCAGUACUGGAAAUAGUCCUCUGCUGUCGCUAGCAGAACUUCUCUGUUCCCGUAUUGCUCCACGGCACGAGUUGCUCCAGUGGCCUCUUUGUGCUGCUGCUGUGGCGCCUUUGCUGUAUGCAUGAUUGAUUUCCUCGGCAGGGGCUUCCUCUCGUUAACAGGGAGUUUCCUGUUCUCUGUUUCGAACCUAUUGAGACACUGUGGCUCGUGGAUCGAAAUGGAUUUCGUCCCGUACUCUCUACCACAUAUGUAGCACACUACAGCAGGUGGUUGUCUGUGUAGAUUAGCAACUUGAGCAACUUGGGAGUUUUGCGGUAGACGAUGGUCACCAGUAGUCAUUCCGGAUCUGUUUGUGAGUGCAGGAAAAGUUAUUUCUCCUCUGGUCACAGUUCUUGGAGAAGGUCUGCAGGUUUUCUUAUGUAAAAAGAGCUCUCCACUUGCAAUAAGUUCCCGGCAAGUUCCACAUCUUGUGAGGGUACUUCCGCCGUCUAUGAUUGGUAGAGUGAGGCCCUUCUCGAGUAGCGUGCUGUGAUCCAGUGAUCUUGUUCGCGGUCGCGACUGCAGCAAUUUCAACCGGAUAUUAUGCUGCGGGAGAGUUCGAGAAACUUCUCCCGUUUGCACCUCAACUGCUCCAGCUACAGAUGACUCUGGUACAGCUCCCACAGUAGUAGAUUUUCUGCCUGAAGGGACUUUGCCUUCCCUGCGGGACUCUUCUACUGUAUACAUCUUUGGCACCCUGUUCCGACACUUUCUCACGUGCAACUGCAGCGAGUGUCGGCUGAAUAUCUCCCCGCAGAACUGGCAGGCCUCGCCGAACACUCUCACUCCUGCCACUUGUUCAAGCGAGGGAGAAUCCAGGGUGGUCACUGCUACCGUCUCUUUCCUACCACAUUCUUCCGACACAUCUGCUGACUUCGGAGUCCCCUUCGCUUGUCUUCGAGGUCUCGUUCUGUUCCGGUUGGACGCGGAGCCGCGACAAGUUUUUGGAUGGAGAACGAUGGACGAAGAGCCGAACUCCAGCCCGCAACGGCCGCAGCGCGUCAGCGGUAGGAGACUCGUGUCUCACGGCCGCACCGAAGUCCAUGUGGAUUCGCGUGGACGGUACCGGUCGUAGUGUGGACCUCGAGGUCUUGCCAGAGUCCAUUUCCUGCUGUUCACUGGACGAAGCCGACAGCGUGGGCUUGUUUCCAUAGUUACUUGGAGUCGGGUUCGAGAAAUAUAUUUUUGUUGGUCUUAUUCCGUCCAUUGCCUGCCUAGUGGAGAGAAGCCGAUGGACGAUUCGAGCAGGAAAACCCACACAGCUAGUCUUCGUUGCAGCUGCAGCAGCCAGUCCCACCCACUGUUUACUUUCUCCAAUUGAAGCGCAACAAGUUGCACACGUGGCCCACUGACCUCAACCGUUCAGUGUUUUUCAGUCAGUAUUCAGCCUCCUAGCCAUGCCGGAGGGCCCCGAGUUGUGUAUGAACAGCCGGUUCGUGAACAAUGUCUGCAGAGGGAGGCUUUUCACUGGGAAAAUCGUCAAAUCCGCCGUCAGCAAGUGCCCGGACGUGGACUUUUCCAGCGAAGCUUACGUCAUCUCGAGCGAGUCCCGCGGGAAAGAGAUGGCGCUCACUCUGCAGUGCUCCGCGGAGCCGCUCAACCGACUCAGGCUUCUCUUUCGCUUUGGGAUGUCCGGAAAGUUCAAAUUCACUCCAAUGAACCAAAUCCCGAAGCACGCACACCUGCAGUUCUUUUCCCGACCCUCUGACGCGGACGCGGCUUCCGAGCAGAAGCUGGUUCUUAGCUUCGUGGACGUGCGAAGGUUCGGUUCGUGGCGCGUGAUGCCGGAGGGAUGGGGCGAGAACAGAGGCCCUGAUCCCAUGUUUGAGUACGAAGCCUUUCGCGCCAACGUUCUUGAGAAUCUGGAAGAUUCUGCCUUCAACAGACCAAUAUGUGAAGCAAUGCUCAACCAGAAAUUCUUCAACGGGAUUGGCAACUAUUUACGAGCUGAGAUUCUGUACCGAGCAAGUGUUGCGCCUUUUACCUGUGCCCGAAAGGUGCUGGAACCACUCGCCAAGCAAGAACACGAAGAAGACCUCCUUUCCCUCUGCCACACUGUCCCCAAAGAAGUCGUCGACCUCAAGCAAACGCUUGGUAAGUCGGAGACAGCAGUUGUUACUGAGGAAGACUACAGAGCAUUCUGCCAGUGGCUGAAGUGUUACGAAAACCCAGCAAUGAACACUGCAAAAGACCACAAUGGAAGAACUAUCUGGUUCAAGGGAGAGGCUGGUUCAAUGUGUCCUAAAUCAAAACAGCUCAAGAGGCAGAGACAUAGAAAACAGGGUGCUCCUGGGGUUAAAGUGUACAGCACUGAGUCAAUCAAGACUGAAGGAGAAGAAAAUGAGACUGAAGAUAUAAAGGAAGAGGUUGGCAGUACACUGGUGGACAUUUCAAAGAAGACUAGAAAACAGAGAGCAACAAAAGAACAGGCAAAUACACUACAAGUUGAACCAGCAGCAAAGAAAGCCAAGAUCCCGACCAAAGGGGCCACAGCAAAGGCAAAGAAACCUAUUACUGUACCCACAAGGAGAAGUGCGAGACUGAAGGUAAGAUGGUUCAACCUGUGAAGUACACAUAGAAACUACUUUGUCAUUUCUAACUCAAAGACACCGUACCACCGUCACUCUCACUAGAAGAGUGUUUGUAUACCCACCGUUCCUUUGGGUGUAUGUCUAUCACCUUUGCCUUCCCCUCCGUAGUGAACUCACAGGUAACGUUGAGGUUGUCCACGCUGAACUUGUACAGUUCGUGGGAGAACUUUUCUCUGCGGUACACCGAGCGAGGGUCCUGUUUCAGGACCUCCACUAUUGCCUCUCGUGCAUCAGAUACGGAACGAAACGUAUGGAGCACAUAUGACGACAACUCUUUAUUAGCAGGUUCCACCUCACUACUCGUUUUCUCUGCGUGGAGUUUGCAGUUAUCUGAGGAAAAGUUGCCCGCUGUUGGGUGGC